AUGUGCCUCGAGGAGUUUGGACUAGCAUGUGAUGGCUCUAAAUGGCCACCGGGAUUUAACACGUCAGCUACGCCCAGACCAAAGCUAGGGGACAUUCCGUAUGGAAAGAGAAUCAGAAGUUGUACGGUGGAAAACACACUUGCGCUUACGUACGACGAUGGCCCCUCGCAGUGGACUCUGGGUUUGCUGGACAUGCUGAAGGAAAACGAUGUUAAGGCAACCUUUUUCGUCUCAGGUAUGAAGUUGUAUAACGACUUGGUCAAUCAUCGCAGUGAUAAGACCCCUGCAAUUGUAAGAAGGAUGUACAAUGAAGGACACCAGAUUGCGGGACAUACCUGGGCCCACUUGGACAUGGACCAGCUGGAUUCGCAACAGCGCAGACAUGAACUUGUAAAAGGAGAGAUUGGAUUCAUCGAUAUCUUGGGCUUUUUCCCAACGUACAUGCGCCCACCAUUCAACAUUUGUGGGGCCGAAUGCGAGACCGACGUCGGAGAGCUCGGAUACCAUGUGGUGAGUAGGAUGGAUGCCGCUACGUCUGAAGGAACAUGGAACAGUAAACUGACUCUGCCUCGCAAGACUUCCAACGAUAUUGAUGGACGAGACUGGGCAGGUAAUUAUACCUACGCCGAGGAACAGUUCAUGGCAAGGAUUACGAGUAAGGGUAACCGUCAGGGAGUCCGAGCCUGGCUGGGCUUAGCGCACGAUACUCAUCAUCAAUCGGUGUAUCGGUGGACACCGUUCAUGAUCAAGAACGCGAAGGAGCGUGGGUUUAAGCUGGUAACAGUGGGUGAGUGCUUGAACGAUCCAGAAGAGAAUUGGUAUCGGGACCCUUUGACAGGUGGAGCGCUUCACGACUUGUCUCCUAAGGGUACGCUGUGA